AUGUUUCAAAGCUCUUCCCACUACAAUGGGUCCACUGUUGCCGGUGAAACGUUCUCGGACAGCAGAUCGUACCCUUUAACGAACCAACAAGAAGCAUCUAACGCUGGCUUGAAUGGCCUGACUUUGUCCACGACGAAGCAACAGCAGCCACAGCAGCCACAACAACAACAACCAAUGCAUUUAUUAAGCUCAUAUCCAAUUGCCGGUUCCAAUCCGCUUAUGAGAGCGGGCGCCAUAGGGGCCACCUCUGGUAGCAUCAAUCCUAGUAUGUCCAACACGAAUGAGCACAUUCGUGUUUCUGGGAUGGGGACUUCCAAGCCACUGGAACUGGCGGGGAAGUACAUUGAUCAUUUGCAGCAUAAGGACACUAGCACCCCCGUACUCGAUGAAAGAUCGUACUAUAACAGCGGGGUGGACUAUAAUUUCAGUAAAGAAAAAAAUGGUUUGGGAGCGUUUACUCCUUUCGAAAGACAGGACAUAUUUAACAUUCCAGAUGAAAUUUUACAGGGGGUUUCCACUUCAGAAACAAGAACAGAUAUGGGUAUUUUUCCCGAAUUGAACCGAUGUUGGAUAACUAUCGAUAAUAAACUGAUACUCUGGAGCAUUGACAAUGACAACGAGUACCAGGUGAUAGACGACAUGAAGCACACUAUCCGUAAAGUGGCCUUGGUAAGACCCAAGCCGAACACUUUUGUGCCCACUGUUAAACAGUUGCUUUUAAUAUGCACCACGAUGGAUCUUUAUAUGUUUGCCAUUUCCUUGGACAAGACCACCAAUGAACUAAGUGUGUUCAAUACACAUUUAUCUGUUCCUGUGCAAGGAAUUGAUAUAAUAGACAUAGUGUCUCAUGAACGAUCAGGUAGAAUUUUUUUCGCAGGACAGGGCAGUGGUCAGAACAUUUGGGAGUUGCAGUAUUCGGGCUCAGACGAUUGGUUUAAUAGUAAAUGUAGUAAAAUUUGUUUGACGCAGUCUACUUUAUCUAGUCUUUUACCCACUAAUUUGCUAUCUCAAAUUCCAGGAGUUGAUUUCCUUCAUUCGUUUUUUGAAGACAAUUCCAACAGUAGUGGCGGUUUCGCCCAAGAAACCAUUACACAAUUAACCAUCGACCAACAAAGAGGUAUCAUUUAUUCAUUGUCUUCUAAAUCCACUAUCAGGGCAUACGUAAUAACAGAGAAAUCGUUAGAGGGACCCAUGUCCAUUGAACCAGCCUAUAUCAGCAGGAUCAUAGGUACUACUACAGCAAGAGCCGCACCAAUUCUGGGCCAUAAAUACUUAAAAAUUGUUAAAAUAAGUUCUGUCACGCCAGAAGAGAGCAACAAUUUAUUUUUGGUAGCUUUGACAGUAGGCGGUGUGCGUUUAUACUUUAACGGUUCCAUGGGUAGAUUCAACAUUGAAGCUUUGAGACUAGAAUCUAUCAAAUUCCCUCCUAGUUCUGUGACCCCCGAAGUCAUUCAACAAGAACUACUACAUCAACAACAAGAACAGGCAAAGAGAAGUUUUCCAUUUUUUUCAAACUUAAUGUCUUCAGAACCAGUUCUCUUGAAAUUUCAAAAGAAAUCGUCUGUAUUACUGGAAACUACAAAAGCAAGUACCAUUAUAUCCCCCGGCAUAUUUUUCUCUGCUGUUAUUAAGUCAUCUCAGCAAUUACAACAGACAAAUAAAAAAGAAAACCUUUCCAUCAGUGGCGUAUCUGCAGCAACUACUUCAUCUACAGCCGCCAGACAGCCACCAGCUACUUUGCAACACAAACUUUUUGUUAGUGUACCAGACUAUGGUAUUCUAAAAACCCACGGUAAGUAUGUUGAAAAUGCUUCGUUUUUAGAAACCACGGGCCCAGUUCAACAAAUAGUUCCAUUAUCAGGACUAUUCAACGCAACUACAAAGCCACAGGGCUUUGCCAACGAAUUUGCUACACAAUACACAUCAGAGAAUUUACGAGUGGCAGUCUUGACAAAUACGUCUGUGGAAAUCUACAAAUAUCGUACCCCUGAUGAAAUUUUCGAGGACCUAAUUGAUAAUCCGCUGCCAUUUGUGUUAAACUAUGGUGUUGCAGAGGCUUGUUCCACAGCGUUAUUUGUUACGUGCAAAUCAAACAAGUCUGAAAAAUUAAGAUCCAAUGCUUUAACUUUCUUGACAAUGGGUAUACCCGGCGUUGUAGACAUCAAACCAGUCUACAACCGUUAUUCCGUGUCCACUGUAUCCUCUUUGUUAUCCAAGCCUUCCUUGUCCACCACCACAACAAGUCUCCAACAGUCAUUAACCAGUUUCAACAAACCUUCCACUACAAAUAAAGAAGAUUUUGAUUUAGAUGAUGUGAUACUAUCUCCAAGAUUCUACGGUAUUGCACUAUUAAUCACGAGGCUAUUUCGUGACAUUUGGGGAAGUCACGUCUUUGCAACUUUUACAGAAAGCAGAACAGACCUUCAAACUUAUAACAACCCUUCUCUUUCACUCACCGCACCUAUUAAUAGUUCUGAUACCACCUCACAGACGAAUGAUGCUUUAAAAAAAAAAAACCUAAUUUCAAAAGUCUCCAUCUCCAAGGAAUGUAUUGAGUAUUAUCUUUCUUCAGUUAAUAUUUUGAAUGAAUUCUUCAUCACUUAUGGCGAUUCCAUUUCCCAAAUAUCAGCUCCAUAUUUGCUAUCAAACAACUCGAACGGUAGAGUGGUUGAUAAAACCGAAGAAGUCGCAAACCAGGCAGAAAGCAUCGCUAUUAACGCUUUAAUAAAAUUGGUUCAAUCUAUAAAAGAAGGCCUAUCUUUCUUAAACGUGUUAUAUGAAGAAAGCGAAGUCGAAGGAUUUGACAGCCAAUUCCUCGGUUUCAAAGACAUAAUAAGUUUUGUUAACCUGGAUGUGCAAAGGGACUUAGUAAAACUGGACUUUAAAGAUCUAUUCACUCCCAAUGAAAGAACGAAAUCAUUAGUUAGAGAAAUUUUGUUGUCUAUCAUCAAUAGAAACAUUACUAAAGGAGCAUCCAUCGAGUAUACUGCAACAGCGUUACAAGAGCGUUGUGGCUCAUUCUGUUCUGCUAACGAUAUAUUAGGAUUUAGAGCCAUUGAACAUCUCAGAAGAGCUAAGGAAAUUGGAUUACGCAACUAUGAUUCAUUAAACUAUCAUUUGAAAAAUGCUACUAAUCUUCUCGAACAAAUUGUAGAUGAUCUAUCUAUCGAGAAAUUAAAAGAAGCGGUAUCGAUGAUGUUGAGUGUAAACUAUUAUCCAAAGUCUAUCGAAUUCUUAUUGAAUAUCGCGAACUCCAUGGAUAAGGGGAACUUAGCUUGUCAGUAUGUGGCAAAUGGAUUUUUGGAGAGUGACGAAAGAAAGCAAUACUACGAUAAGCGUAUCCUAGUUUACGAUCUGGUUUUCGAAACUUUAAUUAAAGUAGAUGAACUAGCUGAAAUGAGAACUCCAUCCAAGACCCAAAAACAAAUCUCCAUAUCUAAUGACGAUGAAGUGAAACUGAGACAAAAAAGUUACGACAUUGCCCUCAAGUAUAACGACAAACUAUUCCAUUAUCAUAUGUAUGAUUGGUUUGUAUCGCAGGACAGAGAAAAUAGGUUAUUAGAACUUGAAACUCCAUUCAUACUUCCUUAUUUAAUGGAAAAGGCAGGUAGUUCACUAAAAAUCUCUAAUGUUCUCUGGGUUUAUUAUUCAAGAAGAUCUAAAUUUUUUGAAUCCGCUGAAAUCCUUUACCAUUUAGCCACGUCGAAUUUUAAAAUUACACUAUUUGAAAGAAUCGAAUUUCUUUCACGUGCUAAUGGCUUUUGUAAUAGCGUGUCCCCAUUAAGCCAAAAACAAAGAAUUGUACAACUAGCUAGUCGAAUUCAAGAUGCGUGUGAAGUCGCCGGUAUUCAAGGUGAUAUAUUAUCGCUUGUUUAUUCAGAUGCAAGAAUCGAUCCCACAAUUAAGGACGAGUUGAUCAAAACGUUGGAUGGUAAAAUCUUGAGUACAAGCGAGCUGUUCAAUGAUUUUGCUGUGCCCUUGAGUUAUCAUGAAAUUGCCUUAUUUAUAUUCAAAAUAGCAGAUUUCAGGGAUCAUGAGAUGAUUAUGGCCAAGUGGGAUGAACUGUUUCAAUCUUUGAGAAUGGAACUCAAUGCUACCGGAAAGAAAGAAGACUCAAUGAACUUCAUCAACCUACUGUCUAACGUAUUGAUUAAAAUUGGUAAGAACGUUCAAGACUCUGAAUUUAUUUUCCCUAUUUUCGAGCUAUUGCCUAUUGUUUCUAAUUUUUUUUAUGAAACACUUCCCAAAGAGCACAUCGUACCGGGUUCAAUAGCGACGAUCUUCAUUACAGCUGGCGUUUCUUUCAACAAGAUGUACUAUAUUUUAAAAGAAUUAAUCGAAACAUCAGACUCCGAUAAUGCCGUAUUCAAUAAAGAAAUGACUUGGUUAAUCCACGAGUGGUACAAAUCGGAUAGAAAAUUUAGAGAUAUCAUUUCCUAUGACGAUAUUGUAAAUCUUAAGGAAUAUAAUAUCGAAAAUGAUCCAAUUGAAAAGUACGUCAAGAACACUGGCAAUAACUUAGGUAUUUGUUUCUACAAAGAAUAA